AUGAGUGGUCAAUAUCAUUUUAUAAUCUUGUUUAAAGUUAUACCUACUACUACUACUACUACUACUACUACUACUACUACUACUACUACUACUACUACUACUACUACUACUACUACUACUACUACUACUACUACUACUACUACUACUACUACUACUACUACUACUACUACUACUACUACUACUACUACUACUACUACUACUACUACUACUACUACUACUACUACUACUACUACUACUACUACUACUACUACUACUACUACUACUACUACUACUACUACUACUACUACUACUACUACUACUACUACUACUACUACUACUACUACUACUACUACUACUACUACUACUACUACUACUACUACUACUACUACUACUACUACUACUACUACUACUACUACUACUAAUACUACUACUACUACUACUGACAAUAAUAAUAAUGGUUGA